AUGAGGGGUACAGGUCUCCUUCUUCUUGCUUUGACAUCGAGUGUGUUGGGACAUGCUGGCCACGACCACGGCGACCAUCAACAUGAACAUGACGCUCCAGUUGCUGAUGAUACUCCUAUAGAAAUACCUUCCGCCAUAUUCCAGAUUACCACCAUCAAGGGUACUCUAGUUGAACAAUUCUCUGCUCCUGACUGGAGCUCUCGAUGGGUUGCUUCUGAAGCAAAGAAGGUCGUCGAUGGUGUAGAAGACGAUGAUCUACUACGAUACCGAGGUAUCUGGGCUGUAGAAGAACCUACCGUCCUACCUGGAAUCACAGGAGACAAGGCCUUGGUCAUCAAGACUGCUGCUGCUCAUCAUGCCAUUUCAUACAAAUUCGACAAACCCAUCGAUCCAACUGGUAAACCAUUGGUAAUCCAAUACGAAGUCAAGUUACAAAACGGAUUGGAGUGUGGUGGCGCAUACAUGAAGCUAUUGACUUAUGACCCAAAGUUCGAGGCUGGUAAAUUCCAAGACUCGACUCCAUACACUAUCAUGUUUGGUCCAGACAAGUGUGGAUUCACCAACAAGGUUCACUUCAUCUUCAGACACAAGUCACCCAAGAGUGGUGAGAUCGAAGAAAAGCAUAUGAACGCUCCUCCUCAAUCAAAGACGGACAAACUCAGCAACUUGUACACCUUGAUUGUUCAUCCAAACAAUACCUUCUUUAUCAACAUCAAUGAAGAACAAGUUAAGACUGGUUCUCUAUUGGAGGACUUUACUCCCUCUGUCAAUCCUCCUAAAGAAAUCGAUGAUCCUGAAGAUAAGAAGCCUGCUGACUGGAUUGAUGAGCCCAAGAUUGCUGAUCCUGAUGCAACCAAACCUGAUGAUUGGGAUGAAGAUGCUCCUCUUGAAGUCGCUGAUGAUGAUGCCACGAAACCUGGAGAUUGGUUGGAUGAUGAGCCAGAGACUAUUCCUGACCCUGAAGCCGAGAAGCCUGAUGACUGGGAUGACGAAGAGGAUGGCGACUGGGUCGCUCCUACUGUAGCGAAUCCCAAGUGUGAAAAGGCUUCUGGUUGUGGUGUCUGGAAACGUCCAAUGAAACGUAAUUUAGCCUACAAAGGCAAAUGGCGUGCUCCUCAGAUCGACAACCCAGCUUACAAGGGUGAAUGGAAACCACGCAAGAUUGCCAACAAGAACUACUUCGAAGACUUACACCCAGCAAACUUCCAAAAAAUUGGCGGUAUUGGAUUUGAGCUCUGGACGAUGCAGGAUGGUAUUAGCUUUGACAACAUCUAUGUUGGCUCAUCCAUUGAAGAUGCUGCUGCCUUGGCCAAAGAAUCUUGGGACGUCAAAUAUAAAAUCGAAAAGGCUAACGAAGCUUCUGAAGCACCCAAACCACCCAAGGAUGAGAAACCAGUAGUAGAUGAUGGAAGUGUUGUUGGAAAAGUUACGUCAAUCUUUGAAACCAUUCGUCAACGUGUCGUCGACUUUGUUGUUGCCGCAUCCAAAGAUCCAAUCAAGGCAGCCCAGGAGGCUCCUGAAGUCGCUGUUGGAUUAAUUGCUACUGGUCUAUUACCCGUCCUCUUGAUGUUUUUGAUUAUCGGUGGUGGUAGUUCAGAACCUGCUGCUCCCUCAAAGAAGGAAACGAAGGCUUCCAAAGAAAAAGACGAAGACGAAACAGGCGAGUCGACUGAAGACGAGCCAAAGAAGGAAACGAAGGCUACAAAAAGAACGGCAAAGAAGGCCGCAGCUUCAGAAGAUGAUUAA